CAGCAAACAAGGGGCGGAAAGCAGCGAUGUCCAGCUACACACCGCCAGCGCCAUUCGACCCAGCUAAGGAAAAAUGGGGGUCAUACAUGGCUCGUUUCGAGUGUUUCCUCGAGGCGAACGAACUUCAAGGAGUCUCAGACAACAGGAAGCGAGCGUAUUUCCUGAGCCACUGCGGUCCAGAGGUUUUCGACACCGCAGAAUCGUUGGCGGAGCCAACGCCGGUACAAUCGGUGCCGUGGCAGACUCUACAGACCGUAUUAAAAGCCCAUUAUGCACCAACGCCGUCCAAGUAUGUGCAACGGUACGAAUUCAGGGAGCGUAGGCAGCAAGAGGGCGAGUCCAUCAGCGUAUACAUGGCAGCCCUGAGGAAAGCCACGAACCAUUGCGAGUUCCGAGACUUGGAAGAGGCAUUGCUGGAGCAACUCAUUCGUGGGGUCAGGGACAUCCGUUUGCGACGGCGGCUGCUGUCCAAAAGCAACUUGACGCUGGCAAACGCCUUGGAUGAAGCCAGGGCUAAUGAGAUGUCUACCCAAGCGGCGGAAACCCUACAAAAGCAAGCGCUGAACGGCGGGCGGCCCAGGAGGGUUCCGUUCGCCCUAAAGCCCAGGAUUGACCGGGAACUGGACAAGCUAGUAAACCAGGGAAUUCUAGUGCCAGUUGACCAUGCUAAGUGGGAGACCCCUAUAGUCACCCCAGUCAAACCGGACGGGUCGGUCCGGAUUUGCGCUGACUAUAAGGCAACGCUUAACAAAGCGUUGCAAAAGAGUGCUUACCCCGUCCCGGUGGUACAGCACUUACUGCACUCGAUGGGGCAAGGGCAGGUUUUUGCCAAGCUAGACUUGACCCAAGCCUAUCAACAGCUGCCUGUAGAUAACAGCACAGCCGAAGCGCAGACAAUUGUGACUCACAGAGGGGCUUUUAAGUGUACCCGGUUACAGUUUGGGGUUAGUGUGGCUCCAGGGUUAUUUCAGAACCUAAUGGAGCGGCUAUUGCAGGGACUACCAGGGGUGGUACCAUACUUUGACGAUGUACUGGUAUCCGCUGAGAAUCUAGAGGAAUUAGGGGUAAGGCUGCGAAAAGUUUUGGGCAUUUUCCGGUCUGCCGGUCUCAAAGUUAAACUGAACAAAUGCCAGAUCGGGGUUGAAUCUGUGGAAUUCCUGGGCUACCGGAUAGACAGGGAAGGGAUUCACCCUACUGAAAGCAAGGUACGGGCCAUCAGGAAGGCCCCGGUUCCAAAGAACAAAAUGGAGUUACAGGCAUUCUUAGGUCUGGUCAACUUCUACGCGGUAUUCUUAAGAAAUAAGGCAACAGUAGCCGAGCCGCUGCAUAAAUUACUAGCAAAGACGGCUGCAUGGUCUUGGGGAAAGGCGGAAGCUAGGGCAUUCGAAGGGGUAAAGAAUCUCCUAUCGAGUGAUAGCCUCCUUAUCCAAUACAAUGGCACGCUGCCAUUAGUGUUAAGCUGCGAUGCAUCUCCCUAUGGGGUGGGGGCUGUGCUCAGCCACAGGUUGCCAAAUGGCACAGAAGCCCCUAUUGCAUAUUACUCCCGAACCAUGUCAUCAACUGAAAGGAAUUAUAGCCAGCUUGAUAAGGAAGCCUUGGCUAUAGUCUCCGGAGUAAAGAAAUUCCAUGAAUAUGUAUUUGGUCGUGAUUUCGAAAUCAUCACGGACCAUAGACCUUUGCUAGGCCUGUUGGCAGGCGACCGCCCAACGCCCGUGGCACUUUCGCCCAGAUUGACCAGAUGGACUAUCUUCCUAGCGGCGUAUUCUUACAAACUACUACACCGGCCAGGGAAGGAAUUAGGGCAUGCAGACGCCCUGAGCAGAUGCCCAUUACCAGAGAUCCCGGAGAAAUUGAGGAAAAAGGUAUUGGAGCUCCUUCACGAAGGCCACCCAGGGAUCGUGAGAAUGAAGGGUCUAGCGAGAAGCUAUGUGUGGUGGCCCCUAAUGGACACGGAAAUUGCUGAAAGGGUAGGGAAAUGCCAGGCCUGCCAGGAGUCCAGACCGCUACCCCCAACGGCCCCGAUUCGGGAAUGGGAGAGACCCCAGGGCCCUUGGUCUAGGAUCCAUAUCGAUUUUGCCGGCCCCUUCCACGGCCAAACCUUUCUGGUAGUAGUCGAUGCCUACUCUAAAUGGCUGGAAAUCAUUCUCAUGAGAUCCAUGACAGCCGAGGCCGUGAUUUCAGUCCUACGGCACCUAUUUGUAACCCACGGGUUGUCCGACACUUUAGUCUCCGAUAACGGCCCGCAAUUCACGGCAACCCAGUUUGAGGGGUACUUGGCAGAGGAGGGCAUCCGACAUGUCCUCUUGGCGCCUUUCCACCCUGCGACGAACGGCCUUGCAGAACGUUUCGUUCGGAGCGCAAAGGAAGCAUUGUCCAGAAUCAGGCCAGGCGAUUGGCAAACAAAAAUCGAUACAUUCCUAGCAGUCCAACACAGAACCCCCUGUGUAACAACUGGCCGCAGCCCGGCAGAGCUAUUAAUGGGUCGGAAGCUUAGGUGCCCACUAGACCGUUUAAACCCAAACUACACACCAGACGGUUACAAAGGGGCACACGGUAAAACAAGAGGGAUGGCAGUAGGCGACCUAGUGUGGGCAUACAACUACAGCGAGGGCCCGACCUGGUUAGCAGGAAAAAUCCUAGAGAUAACAGGACCAAAAUCAUAUCUAGUAGAGAUAGAGGAUGGCCGGGUAUGGAAGCGCCACAUAGACCAAAUAAGGAAACGCAUAACCGGUAAAUCAGAAUCAGACGAAACAGGCCCUGACUAUCCAAUGUUUGAAUCCACAGCUGACUCAAACCCGGGGCAAACGCGGGACUUAUCUGAGUUCCAGGAGGUCCAGCGACGCCAACCGGUUCCUCCUGAAAACAGCAGGGACGACUCUGCAAAUAAUCCAGGGCCGGAUGGCCUAGAGGAGGAGCUGAGAGGAACAAACAGUCCCUCCGGUCAGCUCGACUCACUCCCAGAAAAUGAAUUGCGCAGGUCCGAAAGAGUCAGGAGACGCCCAGUCUACUUGCGUGAUUACGUUGAAAAAUAAGAUGUUAAUUCUAUGUAAAUAUUGGUAAAGUGUUCUCUGGGAGGGAAGGAGUGUAAUGUAUCUUUAAGAGUUGUGGAGGGAAAACUGAGCGGGAAAAAGCACGUUGCUGAUUGGAUGAAGCCUCUGGCUAAACUGUAUAUAAAGAGAGGGUUUUCCCAGCCCGAGCUGCUGGGUUCACCAUAUAGUAAA